GCAUCAUAUCGAACACGUACGAGCAAACACACACAAAGCUAAUUAACCGAGCAACGAACGUACAACAUCAAGUAGCUAGCCACUAUGGAAGACAAGAUGCUCCUCGCCGUGACCGUGGUCGUGCUGCUCGUCGUCCUCUCCAAGCUCAAGUCUUUCCUCGCCGCAAAACCGAAGCUUAAGCUCCCGCCCGGCCCGUGGAGGCUGCCGGUGAUCGGCAGCAUCCACCACCUCGGCACCAGCCCAUUGAUCUACCGCGCACUGAGCAAGCUCGCACAGAAGCACGGGCCGCUCAUGACAUUCCACCUCGGCGAGGUGCCCGCGCUGGUGGUGUCAUCGCCGGAGGCAGCGCAGGCGGUCAUGAAGACGCACGACAUUUCGUUCGCCGACCGGUUUGCCAACUCCACCCUCGCCACGCUCACCUACGACAGAACCGACUUGGUGUUCGCGCCCUACGGCGAGCGGUGGCGCCAGCUCCGCAAGAUCUGCGUGCUGGAGAUGCUCAGCUCCGGCCGGGUGCAGUCGUUCCGGCGCAUCCGCGAGGAGGAGGUGGCGCGGUUCAUGCAGAACGUCGCCACGUCCGCCGCCGCUGGCGCCACCGUGGACUUGACCAAGGGGAUCUCCAAGUUCGUCAACGACGCCUUCGUGAUGGAGUGCGUCGGCAGCCGGUGCAAGUACCAGGACGAGUACCUCGACGCCUUCCACAUGGCGGUCCUGCAGACGUCGGUGCUGAGCGUCGCCGACCUCUUCCCGUCGUCCAGGAUCAUGCAGAUGCUCGGCACGGCGCCGCGCAAGGCUCUCGCAUGCCGCGAAAGGAUCCAGCGCAUCCUCCAGCAGAUCAUCCAGGAGAAGGAGGAAGCCUUGGACCGCGGAGACAAGACGGCGUACGACAGCAUACUGGGCGUCCUGCUCAGGCUCCAGAAGGAGCGCAGCACGCCCAUCCCGCUCACCAACGACACCAUCGUCACGCUCAUGUUUGACCUGUUUGGCGCGGGCAGCGAUACCUCGUCGACCGCGCUGACUUGGUGCAUGGCGGAGCUGAUGCGCUCACCAGCGGUGAUGGCCAAGGCUCAGGCCAAGGUGCGAGAGGCCUACAAAGGGAAGAGCGCGCUCACCGAGGACGAUAUCGCCGGGGAAGAGCUUAGCUACCUCAAGCUGGUGGUCAAGGAGACCCUCAGGCUGCAUACUCCUGCACCACUCCUGCUCCCACGCCAAUGCCGCGAGACGUGCCAGAUCAUGGGCUACGACAUCCCCAAGGGCACAGCCGUGUUCGUGAAUGUGUGGGCGAUCUGCAGGGACCCCAAGUAUUGGGACGACGCCGAGGAAUUCAAGCCAGAACGAUUCGAGAACAGCAACCUGGAUUACAAAGGGACAAACUUUGAGUACCUCCCAUUCGGAGCUGGCCGCCGUAUGUGCCCGGGAGUGAACCUCGGGCUGGCCAACAUCGAGCUCGCACUGGCGAGCCUUCUGUACCACUUCGAUUGGAAGCUUCCUGAUGGAAUGAAGCCUAAGGAUGUCGACGUAUGGGAGGCUGAAGGACUGAUCGCAAAGAAGAAAACUGGACUGAUUCUGCACCCUGUUACUCGCAUUGCUCUAGCUAAUUCGUAAAUAAGGCGGUGAACAAAAUAAGGCGGUGAACAAAUAUAGCACCAAUCUUGAAUGAUUGUGUGCUUUAAUAAUUAGCCCGAUGGUAAUAUAAGCGUUCCUCAGACAUGGUUUAUGUAAUAUCCAACCACUUGGGCCACUCUCUCGUUACAUCUUUUUUAUGUAGUAAACACUCUAAUGCCUUUUCCAGUCCCUGUUUCUAUGCAAGUAUAAUGGGUUACAAUGUGAACUACUACUGCUUUGCCGAGAGUAGCGAACUUCUAUGACUGCCAUCGUGUAAUAAUAAUGAAAUACCCCUCAUGUUUCGCUAUGUUU